GAUGCGACGCGAUACGUAGAUGGGAUGGGAUAUGAUGACAGAAGAAACGAACGGGUUGUCUUUGAAGCGUUUUCUGGUCAAUGCAAUGCCAGUAUAGAUAAGAUAAUUGACGAUAGUACCAAGAAAAUUAGUUCAACGAUGUUAAAGCUGAAAGGCACUGCAAGUUUCCAUCUGAAUGCAAAAUUUGACACCUUAUUAAAGACAAAAGUUUUUGGCAUCCAAUCUAUCAAAACAAAUAUCGUAUUAUCAGAAAUGCUAUUUCAAGAAGAUGGAAGAUAUCACUACCGCAAAGUCCGCUCAACAGAAGUCCCUGCAGAAUAUGUCGAACGGAACAAGUAG